GGAAACAGCGGCCAACUAACCAACAUGGUGGCUGACAAGGACGGAGAGAGAAGAAAACAUAGAAACAGAAGUAUUAAUUAAAGGACUAUUCAAUGGAAUGUUUGUGUUCCGGUCUGAUAUUUCAAAUAAGAAGAAAAUUAGUUAAUUUCGUUAUUUGUCAGCAUUUACGGCGGGAGUGUAGCGUUCGUAUAGCGCGUCCUCUAUAGCAAAAGUACACGGAGAAACUCCGUGAAGACAUCGGCUGCAGCGCCACCAUGAACCUGAGAUCGUUGAAGUCUACACUCCAUCUCUCUGUGUCCACUCUCAGACUUUCUGCAGCCAGAGGUUCAGCUGUACGUUUGGCUACAGCGACCCCUGCUGGUCUGUCUCUGACCUCAGGACCAGCAGCAGCCUGUCCUCGAUGCUACUGCAGCCACGUCAAGGUGCGCUCCUUCUUCAGCUACAUGAAACGAAAGGUCAUAGCUCCGCCCACUCCACCAUACAGCCACGUGUGCCAUGUUGGAAACCCGGUGCUGCGCUCCUGCGCCGCCGCUGUGGACCCCGCAGAGGUGACGGGGCCUGAGGUCCAGGCGGUCAUCAGCACCAUGGUGAAGGUGAUGCGUAAACUGGAGUGUGUGGGACUGAGUGCUCCCCAGGUGGGGGUGCCGCUCCGGAUCAUCAUGCUGGAAUAUCCUUACAGCAUGUUGGAGGAGAGCUCGGUGGCGUCAAUCAAAGCCCGCGGUCUGUCGGUCCAACCUCUGAGGAUCUUCAUCAACCCGGAGCUCAGGGUUCUGGACGCACGGACCGCGAGUUUUCAGGAAGGCUGUGAGAGCAUUGUCGGGUUCUCCGCUGUGGUUCCUCGGUUCCUGUCUGUGGAAGUGUCUGGUCUGAAUGAAAAAGGCGAAGCGGUGACGUGGAAGGCAAGCGGCUGGCCUGCCCGUAUCCUGCAGCAUGAGAUCGACCACCUGAACGGCGUCCUCUACAUCGAUCACAUGGACACCAAGACCUUCAUCAACAUCCACUGGCCGCAGCAGCUGGAAUGACUGUUCUGUCCCACAAGGACCAGAACCACAAACAGUACUCUGGACUAUGGAAAUGUGGCGGAGGAGCGGCACACAGCCCCCUGAUUGGUGGAGGAAUUUUGUUUUAUGUUUUAUGAAAAAAAUGAAACCUGAAUGAAUCCUGAGCUUUGUUGUUUCUGACCAAUCACUGAACAGCCUGCAGUCAUGUGACCAAGGUUAUGUAACUACACUGACAAGGACCAGGAUCGGGGACAUGUCCUGGACAUGAGUCAACACGACUUUUCAUGUUCACUCACGACAAAGGCAAAAAACUCCCAACACUGACCACAGGGGGCAGCCCCUGUGUCUGUUGAUUAAAUCAUACAAUUUUUCCAU